AACAGGCGCUUUACACAGUAUGGCCGGCGACAUUAGCUAGCACUCGCUCACGGUAAUUCUCUGUAAAAGGGGAAAGUCGGUGAAAAGACGAUUAAAAAAAACACGCACCCGAUUAAGAGAAACAACACCAAGACUCAAGGACUUAGUUGCUGUAACAUCUUUUAACUUCAGAAGGCAAAAGAAGGACCUCGGAGCUGAAUAGAAAAUUAAAUUAUAAAAAAAGAAAAAGAUAAUAAUUCUGUUUGUUUGUGUCACCAUGGAGGAGAACGGCGCGCAUUUCUUCGAGGGGACCGAGAAGCUGCUGGAGGUUUGGUUCUCCCGGCAGGACGACAGCAAAGGUACCGGGGACCUGCGAAGCAUCCCGAGGUUUGAGUGGGACAAACUUCUGGAGAAUGUGCAUUGUUUGAUCAUGAGUGUGACAAAGACUGACAAGCAGGAAGCUUAUAUACUCAGCGAGAGUAGCAUGUUUGUCUCCAAGAGACGUUUCAUUUUGAAGACAUGCGGAACCACCCUCUUACUGCAAGCGCUGGUGCCCCUGCUGCAGCUGGCGCGUGACUACUGCGGCUUUGACGCCAUCGAGAAUUUCUUCUACUCUCGUAAGAACUUUAUGAAGCCCGCCCAUCAGGAGUUCCCCCACCGCAACUUUGAGGAGGAAGUUGGGUUUCUCAGCCAGAUCUUCCCAAACGGAGCAGCGUACUGUAUGGGACGUCUGAACUCUGACUGCUGGUACUUGUUUACUCUGGAGCUGCCAGAGUACUGGGAGAACAAGCAGGCAGACCAGACGCUGGAGGUUCUGAUGAGCGAUCUCGACCCAGCUGUGAUGGACCAGUUCUACAUGAAAGACGGUGUUUCCGCUAAUGAUGUCACUCGUAUGAGUGGAAUUCGUGACCUGAUUCCAGGUUCUGUGAUCGACGCCACAAUGUUCAACCCUUGUGGAUACUCCAUGAAUGGAAUGAAAACGGAUGGAACUUACUGGACAAUUCACAUCACCCCUGAGCCAGAGUUCUCGUACGUUAGUUUCGAAACCAACCUCUCCCAGACGUCCUACGACGACCUCAUCCGGAAAGUCGUGGACAUCUUCAAGCCAGGGAAGUUCGUGACUACGUUGUUUGUUAAUCAGAGCUCAAAGUGUCGCAGCGUGUUCUCGUCUGCGCAGAAACUCGACGGCUACAGGCGCCUGGAUCGCCAGCUGGCCCACUUCAACGACUACAACUUCGUCUUUACCAGUUACACUAAGAAGCCGCAGCAGAGUUGAAGAUGAGGAGAAAACGCAAAAAGAAAGCAGCCGGAGCCCCGGGGCUCCUCUCCUGCGUUCGUCCCUGUAGCCGCAUCGCGGGUUUGUCCCGUAAACGUCCUCGUACCCGAUCCGUAGAUAUGUUGCAUGAAAGCUCUCGUCUUGUCCGUGUAGAUAUUUUAGCUCACUCUUGCUGUGAUUUCGAAGCGCAUGUAGAGUUGAGGAGCCUCCCCUUCCUCCAUGUGUCCCCCCUCAUCCUCCACAGACAGGGUUUUCGCGCCCACUGAGCAGGGACCCUGGCACGCUCAGACCCGUCUCGUCCAGCAGCACCGCCGAUUUCCUCCAUCAUCAUCAUAAUAAUAAUCAUAAUAAUAAUAAUAAUAGGAAACCUGCCAAAUGUAGCACUAGAAGUUUCUAAAUAUAUAAUCGAAUUAAAUAUUGACUCCCCGAGACACUCGAUGCCUUUUAAACCAAGUGCACAACCAAAAGCGAAUAUAAAUUGCACUUUAACACGGAGCACCAAAGCAUCUUGUUUAAGCACUAAUUAUAUAAAUAUAUAAAAAUGCACCUCAUAUUUCACUUAAAUGGAAAAGUUCAGUGACUGUACAGUAGCGGAUUCACCCAAGGGCUUUUGUUUUCGUCCCAUUGUUCAUUACCACUCCCGCACGGUGCCCCUUCCUCCUGAACAAUACGUGUCCCUGGAAAGCGCGGUACGCGGUACACCCACGGAUCUGAGCGUGUCGGGGUCCCGCCCGAUCAUUCCACACUGAACAGUUGCAUCAACUGCUGGUUUUUACUUUUUUUUUUUUUUUUUAAAUAUAUUAUGAAUUCAUUCUAUUCUGCACAUGUGCAGUUUAGUGCCCCAGUGUCUCCCCCUGCAGGCUGAAAGUGCACUUUUUUUAUUUUUUUGGACUUUCUAUAAAAUGAAAGACGUUUCCCAGGGUGUGUUUAGAGAAAAUUAUAUAUUAUAUAAUAUAUAUAUUUUGCACACAUUUGAAGACAAGCCCCCAAAUCGGUGCUUCGGCAAAAGCCUCUCCAGCCAGAGAGCGCGAUUCUCGUCCUGCUGCCGAAACGGGCAUCAAGGCAUCUUCUCAAAACAGCUCCGUUUCUUAUUAGCACUCAUUAUAAGGGGAAAGUGUUUAACACUGUGCUGGGUUUUGAGCUGUACUUCUCUUCUUGAAAAAAAAAGUUUGAUCAUGUGAUUAUCUGGAACUCUUAAAUAAUCCUCUGAUCCUUUAACCAGGAGAGAGUUUCCAAACCAAAAUGUCCCAUAUGGACUUUUUUUUUUUUUUUUUUUUUUUUUUUUUAAAAAAACACCCGCAGGGCAUUGCCUUUUUUCUUUAAAGAGUUUUUGUACGGUUUUUCUAUUACCUUGUGUGGACCAAUUGCACCCCCCCCCCCUCCCCCUCCCAAACAGAUUAGGUGACUGGAUGAAUCAGAUUAGGUUUAAAAGGUUUUCACGUGCCCCUGCUCUGGAUGUUGAGGGGGAAAGGGAAGCAUAGCUGUUCUGAUUCUCUUGCUAUUUCCUUUGAUCAAGAUGUGCUAAAUAUCUGUACUAUGAGCUUAAUGCGUUAAAUACAAAUAAAUAAAUGUCAGCCA